AUGUCGAUGGAUGUAAACACAUCUCCGACCAAUUUUUCGAGGAACAACCUCGUGGCAGGAGACUUGGCUCUCCUGACUACCUCGAUUUGGUCGGAAGCUAUUUCCGGGAGAAAGGUAGAUAAUAAGGAGUUGGCUCGGAGUCACGAGCAAAUGAAAAAGGAGUAUAUCAAGGCAAUCAAGAGCACGAGAACGAAGGAAGAGCUCGAAGUAUUCUUUUUUGUGGUGUGCUUAUUUGUAGGGUAA